CCCACGAAAUCUACUUUGAGCACAACAAGCCCGGCCGCGCAAAGACGUCCCACAACACCCUCGCCUCCCUCGACCUCCUCACGCACGAAGAGUACUUUGACCUCCUCCGCGACCGCAAAGAAACCGAAAAAGACCCUCACGAAGACGACCUCGCCUACCUCGAAUCCCUCCACGAAUCCUCCUUUGAACAAUGGCGCUUCGAGCUCACCCAAGGGUUCAGCCUCUGCCUCUACGGCCAGGGCUCCAAACGCAACCUCCUCUCCAAACUCGCGCAACACCUCUACGACGCCGACCCGGACGCGCCCAUCGUGGUGGUGAACGGCCACGUCCGCUCCCUCACAGCCCGCGAAGUCUACUCCACCGUCGCCGCGGCCCUCGACCCGUCCCUCAAACUACCCGCCCAGACAACGGCCAUGGUGCAGUCCCUCUCCUCCGCUCUCACCUCAUCGUCACCACCACCACACUCCUCCCACCGCAAACCAAUCACAAUUCUCCUCCACUCCAUCGACGCCAACCCCCUCCGCAAACAAACAACCCAACAACUCCUCUCCCGCCUCGCCUCCCUACCCUCAAUCCGCCUCGUCGCAACAGCAGACACGCCCUCCUUCCCCCUCCUCUGGGACGCCGCCCAGCGCACAUCCUUCAACUUUAUUUUCCACGACGCAACCACCCUCCAACCCCUGCAGGACGUCGAACUCGACCCCGUAGACGAGGUCCACGAGCUCCUCGGCCGGAAAGCCCGCCGCGUCAACGGGAGGGAAGGCGUCGUUUUUGUGCUGCGCUCGUUGCCCGAGAACGCCAAGAAGUUGUUCGAGUUGCUUGUUAUCGAGGUGUUGGCCGCCAUGGACGAUGAUGGUAGUGGCGGUGGUGGUGGAGGACAGUACGGGGCAAGUGCGGAGAAUCCGGGUGUCGAGUAUCGGAUGGUGUAUAACAAGGCCGUGGAGGAUUUUAUUUGCAGUUCCGAGAUGGCGUUCCGGACGCUGCUGAAGGAGUUCCACGACCAUCAAAUCAUUGAGAGCAGGAAAGACGCACUCGGCACGGAGCUCUUGAGUAUCCCGUUCAGACGGGAGGAGCUCGAGGCCAUCCUCGAGGACUUGAUGUCAUAAGUUUAUGGCCCAUGAAUCAUUGUACGCAUAGAGCAUUCGGAAGAUGGGAAAAGCAUGCUAGCGUUCCACAUUCGCAUCGAUCGAUUCAGUCAAAUAGACAAAAGCAUGAGAACCAAGGCAUUGCAUUCAUAAUCAUGAUACC